AUGGAUGCAAGUAACGAAGCCAGCUUCACCUUGGGUAUCUGUGUGAGAACCUGUUCCUCUCUGUCUGGGUUUUUUUGUUUGUUCAUGAGGUUGACCACAAUGUUGUCGAGAACCUUGGAAAUUCCCACCGUCACCAGCAGACUUAUAAUGGCACUCACCUGUUCGUUGUUGAGGUAUCCUUUUAGCUCGUCCAACAGCUUGCUCAGGUUCUCCGAGUUCUGUAGAUUGUUGUUAAAGUUGGCCAAGAAGUCCAUGUCGUUUGUCUGUUGCAACAAGAAGAACUCCAAGUUGGCAGGUGGAAUCAGCGACGUGAUCACCGCGGACGGCUCCAAAUCGGCAGAUGAAUUGAUAUCCUUGUCAAUAAUCUGUUGUGUCUUGUUGAUCAGAGUGGCGAAUUCCUCAAUCGACAACUCCUGGCGGGGAUUGAUUUCUCCGAAAAUGUCCUCCACGCUUGCUCCAAUCUUCUUCUCCAAUUCUGUCCAUCCCUUGUUGAGAAGCCACCAGCUAAAAGACAAAAAUGCUUGUUCAGCAAGGUUCUCGUCCUGUGCGCUGUGGUCGCUCUCGUCUUCGAAAGAACCGUAUCCUCCGUCCAACGAGAUACCGGAAUCAUUCUCCAGCUUAAUACCUUUAGUCUUGGAUGCCAACUUGAUAGCUGUAUCCAAAUACGACCGCCUGGACAGUAUGUUCAGUUGCAGGUGCAAAAACACGAUCAGAAGCGACUCGCAGUAUAGCAAUGUCAAAAAACGCGUGAUACUCUGGUUUCUCAGCUCGUUCCACAGUUCGGUCUUGGUCUUGAUCUGUGUUGGACCAGAUGCCUGA